AUGAUAGAUAUUUAUGACACAAUUAUUAAUUUCUUUACUCACUUAAGCCGUGACCCUAAAAAAGAAGUAGCUAGUACAAAACUAUCUGAGCUAGUGGCUGUACCACCAACUGUUAUUGAAACUCCUUUAACAACUAAACCAUUAAAGAAGACUAAAGAACCCAUUCAAACCACUACUGCCACCAGUGAUCAAGAAGUCAUCAAGUCAUCGCCACCUCCUUCAAUGACUGCUGAGACAAUGAUUCUUCCAAAGACUAAAGAACCCAUUCAAACUACUGCUCCCACCAGUGAUCAAGAACUUAUCAAGUCAUCAUCACCGCCUCCUUCAAUUGCUACUGAGACAAAGAUUCUUCCAAAGACUAAAGAACCCAUUCAAACUACUGCUCCCACCAGUGAUCAAGAACUUAUCAAGUCAUCAUCACCGCCUCCUUCAAUUGCUGCUGAGACAAAGAUUCUUCCAAAGGUUCUGUCUCACUUGGCAGAAUUAAAAGAGAGUAUUCCUGUGGCUGCAACUAUUGCAAAAACUGCUCAAGCUCACAGAACAUCUCUUUCGGGGAAAACCACUGAUCUUGAAGCAAGAUUGGCACAAAGAGAAAAGAAACUAAGUUUCUUGGAGACUGAAUUCUCUAGACUUUCCAAAGAAGAAGAAAAAGUAGAGGCUCAAUUUCAAUUCUUAAUUACCCAGAAGGAGAAAAUUCUUGCUAAUAAGAAGUAUGUUUUAGCUGACUUGGAGAAAACAAAUGAUGAAGCUUUAAAAGAUUUGGAAGAAUGGCGAAAUCUGGAAAGUGAAAUCAAGCAGGUGAAUUAAGUGUCCGUUGGAAACUCUUCAACGAGGA